AUGAACUUCAUUCCCAAUGGGCCUGGAUUGCUGCCAAAGUGGAUGCUAUUCGUUUCUGUGCUCGCCAUAUUCAACAGCAUACAGAAUUGCUUAACUACUUCACUCACAGCUCGCGUAUACAAUCACAAGCCACAAUUAGUAAAUCCCCUUCAAGCACGAACGUUUGGCGUGUGGACCUUCACUUCAGCUGUCGUUAGAUUCUACGCUGCGCACAACAUUAAUAAUAAAGUCGUCUACGAAAUCGCUAUCUGGACAUACGCUAUCGUCAUUGCGCACUAUAUAUCCGAACUUCUCUACUACAGAACAUCGAAGCUAAGCGCAGGAAUCAUUAGUCCACUUGUUAUCGGUACUGCUUCUUUCGUGUGGAUGAUAUCACAAUACGAUUUCUACGUCAAGAUUUGA